GGGGCCUGGCGGCUGGAAUCGGCCCCCGCGUGGGGACCGCGGAGAACUGAUGGAGUCUGGCUGGGGAAGCGGGGCAGCCAGGGCCGAUGGGGCCCUGGGCUCGAAGAGGGCCAAAGAGGGGUCCAAGACUCGUAGCCGCCGGCGGUGGCGAAAAAGCAAAACCAAAGCCUCGCGGCUCACACACAGCAUGGACCUGCACACGAUGACACAGUCGCUGGUGACUCUGGCGGAAGACAACAUGGCCUUCUUCUCGAGCCAGGGCCCCGGGGAGACAGCACGACGGCUGUCGGGCGUCUUCGCGGGGGUGCGGGAGCAGGCGCUGGGGCUGGAGCCGGCCCUGUGCCGCCUGCUGAGCGUGGCGCACCUCUUCGACCUGGACGCCGAGACGCCGGCCAACGGGUACCGCAGCCUGGUGCACACGGCCCGCUGCUGCCUGGCGCACCUGCUGCACAAGUCCCGCUACGUGGCCUCCAACCGCCGGAGCAUCUUCUUCCGCACCAGCCACAACCUGGCGGAACUCGAGGCCUACCUGGCCGCCCUCACCCAGCUCCGUGCCCUAGCCUACUAUGCCCAGCACCUGCUGGCCACCAACCAGCCCGGGGGGCUCUUCUUCGACGGCGACGAGGGGCUCAUUGCUGAGUUCCUGCGCGAGUACGUCACUCUGCACAAAGGCUGCUUCUAUGGCCGCUGUCUGGGCUUCCAGUUCACGCCCGCCAUCCGGCCGUUCCUGCAGACCAUCUCCAUCGGGCUCGUGUCCUUCGGGGAGCACUACAAGCGCAAUGAAACGGGCCUUGGUGUGGCCGCCAGUUCGCUCUUCACAAGCGGCCGCUUCGCCAUCGACCCAGAGCUGCGUGGCACGGAGUUUGAGCGGAUCAUACAGAACCUAGAUGUGCACUUCUGGAAAGCCUUCUGGAAUAUCACCGAGAUUGAGGUGCUAUCGUCUCUAGCAAACAUGACAUCAGCUACCGUGAGGGUAAGCCGCCUGCUCAGUCUGCCACCAGAGGCCUUUGAAAUGCCGCUGACUGCUGACCCCAAGCUCACGGUCACCAUCUCACCCCCUCUGGCCCACUCGGGCCCCGGGCCGGUCCUCGUCAGGCUCAUCUCCUAUGACCUGCGUGAAGGACAGGACAGUGAGUCGCUCAGCAGCCUGGUGAAGUCCGAGGGGCCCCGGAGCCUGGAGCUGCGGCCACGCCCCCAGCAGGCACCCCGCUCACAGUCCCUGGUGGUGCACAUCCAUGGCGGUGGCUUCGUGGCCCAGACCUCCAAAUCCCAUGAGCCCUACCUCAAGAGCUGGGCCCAGGAGCUGGGCGUCCCCAUCCUCUCCAUCGACUACUCCCUGGCCCCCGAGGCCCCCUUCCCCCGAGCGCUGGAGGAGUGCUUCUACGCUUACUGCUGGGCUGUCAAGCACUGUGCCCUCCUCGGCUCAACAGGGGAACGGAUCUGCCUCGCAGGGGACAGCGCAGGCGGGAACCUCUGCUUCACCGUGUCCCUCCGGGCAGCAGCCUACGGGGUGCGGGUGCCAGAUGGCAUCAUGGCAGCUUACCCGGCCACGAUGCUACAAUCUACCUCCUCGCCCUCCCGCCUCCUGAGCCUCAUGGACCCCCUGCUGCCCCUCAGCGUGCUCACCAAGUGUGUCAGCGCUUAUGCUGGUGGAGAGACAGAGGAGCACUCGGACUCGGACCAGAAGGCACUGGGCAUGAUGGGGCUGGUGCGGCGGGACACAGCCCUGCUCUUCCGAGACCUCCGCGUGGGCGCCUCCUCGUGGCUCCACUCCUUCCUGGACCUGAGUGGGCACAAGUCCCACACGAGCUCAGUGCCCACGGCAGAGUCAAUGCGGCGCAGCGUGUCCGAGGCAGCCCUGGCCCAGCCCGAGGGCCCGCUGGGCACGGACUCCCUCAAGAGCCUGACCCUACACGACCUGAGCCUAAGGGGCAGCUCUGAAACGUCGAACACCCCGGAGCUGUCAAUGUCUGCGGAGACACUUGGCCCCUCCACGCCCUCCGACGUCAACUUCUUGGUUGGCCCAGACGACGCACCCGAGGCCGCUAAGGCACAGGAGGAGCUGAGCACCAAGGACAGAGGCUGCGGCGUGCGCUCCUCCUUCCCUGAGGGUUUCCACCCCAGGCGCUCCAGCCAGGGCACCACCCGGAUGCCCUUCUGCUCCUCGCCCAUCGUCAAGAACCCCUUCAUGUCGCCGCUGCUGGCGUCUGACAGCAUGCUACGGAGCCUGCCGCCCGUGCACAUUGUGGCCUGCGCGCUGGACCCCAUGCUGGAUGACUCGGUCAUGUUCGCGCGGCGGCUGCGCGGCCUCGGCAAGCCCGUGACGCUGCGCGUGGUGGAGGACCUGCCGCACGGCUUCCUGAGCCUGGCGACGCUGUGCCGCGAAACACGGCAGGCGGCCGCGCAGUGCGUGGAGCGCAUCCGCCUCAUCCUCGCUCAGCCCGCCCCGCCCGCAGCGCCGCCGGUCUGAGCCCCGGCCCGAGCCGGGCCGCGCGGGCAGCGGGGGCUGCGGGGGGCGACACUAAAGACCUCUUGUUCCCAUCUGAGCCGGCCUCCGUGGUGAAUGCGCCCCGGGUUAGGCGGCGGGGACGUCCCCCCCCCCAGUCGAGGGGCUCCCGGUCCCCUCCAGCCCUUCCAUCGGGCCGGGCGCGCGAGGGGCAGUAUGUGCCUUAAGGUGGGA